GUUUUUCGUGCAAACUAGUGAACAGGAUAGCCAAACUGGUACGCUGUAAAAUAUGGAUUUUGAUUUCACGUGAAAUUUGAUUUUCGAAAAGUAACUGGAUUCCGUUGUCAAUGAUUAUGACGGUCUGUAAAACUCUUUUCUUCUGCUGUUCUGAUAUCUGAGAGGGGGCCGGGUCAAUCUGGGGUUCAGCUAGGGGUCAGUUGUCCCAGGGGGUCAAUACCGUGUUUUGUCUGAAACAGCUGAUGUUGUCUUUCAACGCGAUAAAUAACAGCAGUCUGAGAAGACUGCUAUUACCAAAACUUACUCUAAAAAAAUCGAUACAAGAGUUUGUAGCCAAGAAAAUUUACCUCAGCACUCUUCUUAACAGGCAAUCAUAGAAUCAACAUCCAAAAUAUUUUUUGCUGGGUCUCGGGUCUUUCGCAUUGUUUACAUACUUCGCCCUAUUUGCCGGUUUUUUCUUGAGCCGAAAACUGAGUCACGUGUCACGCUUAAACCAAUCAAAUCACUAGCUCAGUACAGCUCCCAUGAUGCCUUGGUUUGUCUAUGUUGUGGUGCGCGCGCGUUUGGUUUUUCACGUCCCCAAAACAACAUGUCGUCUUCCGAUUCUCUAAUGACUUCUCCUAGUACCAUCAUUUCUUCCGAAAAUAAAUUAGCUGCCUUUUCUCAAACUCAGCCGGAGAAGCCUUUCCACUACACGUACCUGAAGGAGUUUCGGGUCGAGCAAUGUCCACUAUUUCUACAGCACAAGUGUACAGCUCACAGACCUUUCACCUGUUUUCACUGGCACUUCAUGAAUCAAAGAAGGAGGAGACCGAAGAAGAAAAGGGAUGGCACUUUUAAUUAUAGUCCUGAUGUUUACUGCACUCAGUACGAUGAAACGUCAGGGCUUUGCCCGUCCGGUGAUGAUUGUCCCUACUUACACCGUGUAGCUGGCGAUGUGGAACGUCGCUACCAUCUUCGUUACUACAAAACUGCAACCUGUGUUCACGAGACCGAUACUCGAGGAUAUUGUGUAAAAAAUGGUCCACACUGUGCGUUUGCCCAUGGACCUCACGAUCUGAGACAACCAGUUUAUGAUAUACGAGAAUUACAAGCCAUAGAAAAGGAGGAAACUGAAGUAGGUCAGGCAGGAAUAGAGAAUAACAAAGCUGUUCUAGAAGAUCCCCGCUGGCAAGAUACCAACUACGUCCUGUCAAGUUACAAAACUGAACCAUGCAGAAAACCACCAAGACUUUGCAGACAAGGAUAUGCCUGCCCACAUUAUCACAAUACCAGGGAUCGCCGACGCAGUCCAAGAAAAUUCCGAUAUAGAUCAACUCCUUGUCCUCAUGUUAAGCAUGGUGAUGAAUGGGGUGAGCCAACAAAUUGUGAGAGUGGAGAUAAUUGCCCAUAUUGUCAUACAAGAACAGAGCAGCAAUUUCAUCCUGAGAUAUACAAGUCAACAAAGUGUAAUGAUAUGCAACAGACUGGAUACUGCCCCAGAGGACCCUUCUGUGCUUUUGCUCACGUAGAUCAGGACACAGUAUGCAUAUUGAAGACAGUUUUGAGAAAAUUUUCAUUUUCUGCAGAGGACACAGUUGCCUCCAGAGAAGCUAAUGGUGAACAAAGUUUUAGCCAGUUUUAUUCAAUGCCUUCAUCACCUCUUAGUCCUGUUGAUAAUGGAGUUGGUUUGGUAUCAAGUUUAGCACAGUCAAUCAGCAAGCCCACACGAUCCAUGUCAACAUCAUCAGGAGGGUCAUACUCAAGUGAACCAUCCACUCCUUGUAGUAUGUAUCCAAAAGCACCUGGCUCGGAGCGUUCUGAACGAAGUGGGAGUAGAGAAGAUGAACAGCAGGCCUACCUAAGAAAACAGCUUUUGUCCAUUGAAAAUGAUCCAACUUUAGAUGAUAUGGAGAAAGCCAGAAGAAAGCAGAACAUAGUUGGAACAAGACAGCCAUUUUCCAUUUCCAGUUCUGCCUCAUCAAAUCUCUCCUCGGUAUCUGCCAAUGCUCCGCCAUUCUAUCCUGCAGCUGACACAGUAGAGUCUGUGGUAGAGAGUGCACUAGACGACCUUAACCUUGAUGACUUUGAUGUCACUGAAUUAGAGAAGGAGCUUAAUAAUGCCUCUCCAGUGUCAUCAACGCUAGGAGAUUCCUUGUCAGCACUGAACAUUACUCCAAUGUGCUCAGCACCUGUUACAAUUCCGGGAUCUGCUGAAGCAGGCUUACCCCAACCAUUCACACAGUCACCCACCUCACCAUUAGGACAGUUUUCUUCUUCUUAUAGCUCUACGUCACAGUUAAUGUCUGGACAAAAGGGCUCCAAUCCAUACCGUGCCAGUCCAUUAGUAAGAGGCAGCAACCUACAUUCAUCUGUACUGGAUCCACUUACAGCUCAACUCCAUUCACCCAAAUCACUUGGCUCUCCCCAAUUGUCCUCUCCCUUGGGUCUCAGCAACAGUUCAAGUGAAAUUCAGCGACUAAGUGAAGAUCUCAUGGCUGCCAAGACCAAGUUGGCAUCAUGGGAAGAGUCGUGGGCUCAAGCCAAGCAGGCUUGUGAUGCUUGGAAAAAGGAAGCUGAAGAAUCAGCUAAAAAGGCAAAAGAAGCAGAACAAGAUAAAUUAGAAGCUAUUAUGAAAAAGGAUGAGGUUGAAUCUCAAAUGGCAAGCUUAAAACAAGAAAUUGAAGAAAUUAAAGGUGACCCUCACCUUCACAUACUAAACACAGUGGAAGACAUAAGGGAUCUACCACUGUUAAAAAUGAAACAGAUUCAUCGACAGCUUAGUUCAGAUUUAGACAAAUUAAAUCAGGUGAUGUACAGUAGAGUAGCUUUAAUUUGCAGUCUUUGUGAAGAACAACAGAGAUGUGUUAUGACAGCGCCAUGUUUACAUUGUACGAUGUGUGAGGCCUGUGCUUCACAGAGAUUGGAAUGCCCAACAUGUCAUGUUCAAAUUGCACAAAAAACCUUGAUAAAUAUACCUAUUUGAGGACGUAAUAUAUUGCAGUUAGGCAGCGUUUAGCCUGUUUUCAAUUCCCUGUUAGGACUUGAUAUGAUGUUUAAAAAUCUAUGAAUUUAGCUUUUAAGGUAUAAUUAUAAUGCAUAUAUUAUUCAAAGAAUAUUUCUUAGGGAUUACGAAUGCUUGUUUCAUCGUCAAAUUAUUAUUAUUAAUAUUAUUAUUUCCUUUCAAGUAAUGAAUUUAUUGUGAACUUGGAGGUCGAAGCAUUUUGUGCUGGAUGUACAUUAUUCAGUGUAUUUAUCAGCACUUCUUAUUCUAAGGAUUCCAGAAUAAAUGUCAAAUAUAAGUUGUCCAUUGCAAUGGCAGACUGAAACAAAGAAAUUAAACAGCUGUCAGGUCA